UCACUUCCUGGAUGGAUGGAGGAAUGGAAAGCAUCCAGCGCGUCUCCAUCUCCACCGCUGACACCGACUCAUCCGUCUCCGUGUACCCGCCGAGCGCAACCUCCGUGCCCGCAUCAGGAGCUCCGCCGCGCCGUGGUGUGCACCGCCGUUAGUCUCCCAUAGACCGGAUCCCGUGUCGCACAUCCACCCGCCGCUCCGCCACCGGCCGAGUGUUAUGCUCAUCACCGGGAAUAUCAGGGACGUUUUGGGACGGAAAGACUCUGCGUACCGGACCUCCAACUGAAGCUCCGUCCGCCCUCCAGCCCCGGUCCGCGCUGCGUCUCCGGCGCUGCUUUUUACGCAGCGGAGGUGUCGCUGAUUUGACGCAAAAAGGGAGAAACUCAACAGUUGUUGCCGCUUAUUGUUUGCAUGUCGACGCGCACAUUUGGACCAUGUGGAGGUUACUGCAUUCGUGUUGGAUUUUGUGUGUGUCCGUGGCCGCCUGCGUCCUCCGGGCCGAGGGUCAUCCUGCGUUGACAGGAAGCCAAGCCGAGCCCCGAGCCCCGAUCCGAGUCCUCGGCAGUGUUGGCGCUGGCGGGACGCGACUCCGAAGAGCCACCGCCGAGGAGACCUACUGGGCCUACUCAGGUACGUACGGGCCAGACGAGGGCUGGGCGUCUGCUUACCCAGAAUGCCGAGAGAGAAACCAGUCACCCGUCAACAUCGUGGACCAGGACGCCAAAGUAUCCACCGAGUAUCAGGAGCUGACACUGGAGGGGUUCGACUCCGAAUCCUCCAAUAAAACAUCCAUGAAGAACACUGGGAAAACAGUGGCCAUUAUGUUGAAGGAUGAUUACUUUGUGCGGGGAGCGGGUCUACCAGGGAGGUUUAAGGCCGAGAAAGUGGAAUUUCAUUGGGGUCCAAGUAAUGGAUCGGAGGGUUCUGAACACAGCAUCAACGGACGGCGCUACCCAGUGGAGAUGCAGAUCUACAUGUAUAACUCUGAUGACUUUGACAGCCUCGGCGCAGCACUCAGGGAGAAGAGGAUCAUCGCCGCCAUGGCCGUCUUCUUCCAGGUCGGAGGGAAGGACAACCCCGCCGUCGACCCCAUCAUCCAUGGUCUGAAGGGCGUGGUCCAUCACGAAAAAGAGACUUUCCUGGAGCCGUUCGUGCUGAAGGACCUGCUGCCAUCGUCGCUGGGGAGCUACUACCGCUACACAGGGUCCCUGACCACCCCCCCCUGCAGUAAGGUGGUGGAGUGGCUCGUCUUCAGCCGGCCCAUCUACGUCUCCUACAAACAGUUGGAGGCCUUCUACCAGAUCUUCACCACGGAGCAGCAGGAUCACGUCAAGUCGGUGGAAUAUCUGCGCAGUAACUUCCGGCCCAUCCAGAGUCUGGACAACCGCCACAUCUUCAAGUCGGCGGUCAAAGAUGCGUGGCUGCCGGACCUGACAGACAGCGGCAACGGGCCGUAUGGGACCGAGGCGUCCAAAGUGUGCAGCAGCGCCCCCUUUAACAUGAAGGUCCAACAUGUGAACGGCAGUGCCCUGGUGGUCCGCUGGGCCCGGCCCGAGGUCACCUACCACCCGCCCAUCCUCCACUUCCUGGUGUCGUACAGUUGGACCGCCCACGACGACAGCUACGAGGAGACGCACCUGACUGACGCUAAACACAAACUGGAGGCCGUCAUUUCUCCUGUUUCACCUGAUGUUCUGUACUUGUUCCGGGUCCAGGCCGUUUGUAUGAACGACAUGCGCAGCGACUUCAGCCAAAGCAUGUUAUUCAGAGCCAACACCACCCGGAUCUUUGAGGGGACGAGGAUCGUGAAGACAGGGAUGCCGACGGUAUCUCCGGCCUCCUCCGCCGACAUGGCUCCCAUCUCCUCCGGCUCUUCCACCUGGACGUCCUCCGGCAUCCCCUUCUCAUUCGUCUCCAUGGCGACCGGCAUUGGCCCUUCCUCCAGCGGGAGCCAGGCCACGGUGGCAUCCGUGGUCACCAGUACGUUACUGGCCGGUCUGGGCUUCAGCGGUGGUGUCAUCUCCUCCUUCCCCAGCUCCAUCUGGCCAAGCAGAGAGCAGACCCAUAACCCCGCCCCUGCCGAGGCCACCGCCGCCGCCAAAGACAAUGGCGACGCCGGAGGCCAUGACGGCGAGAAGAGUCAGGAAGACGACCGACAGAAGGAGGGAGAGGAGAAGGAGGAAGACGAGGAGGAGGAACAGAAGGAGGAGAAGAAGGAGAGGAAGGAAAGGAAGCAGAGGAGUCGGUCUGGAGGGGAGGGUGGAGCCAGGAGGCCGGACCAGGACACGGCGGCCAACCAAACCCCCAGCAAGAACCCGAACACCACCGCGAAGGAGAAACAAGCCGAGCCUGAUCAGACGCUGUCCCCUAGAAACCGCCCAGACCUACCGACCCAUAAUCCUCUGCGGUCUGACCCCAGCAGGACCACAGAACUGGCCAAUGACACGGCAACGUUCCCACCUCCUACAGGUCAGGUGGUCACAGCACGACCCGUAACCAGAGGCAACAGGAAGCAGUGGGCGUUCUCCAUCCAGACCGACCGACCCGGCGCCGUGACCAACCUGAGCCAUCCAGCGAGGCCCGAGUCCGAGCUGGUUCUGGGUCGGGUGGACUGGCUCCUCCCCCUGAUGGUGGUGUCAGCGCUGACCUUCCUGUGCAUUGUCCUGCUGUUGGCUGUGCUCGUCUAUUGGAGACGCUGCUUCCAGACGGCCCAUCUCUACGUGGAAGACAGUGAUUCACCCAGGGUGGCGACCAAUGACAGCGUCCCCGUCAUCAACAUCCCAGAUGACAUGGAGGCUAUUCCAGUCAAACAGUUCAUCAAACACGUGUCUGGACUCUACUCAAAUAACCAACAUGGAUUCUCAGAGGAUUUUGAGGAGGUUCAACGCUCCACCGCCGACAUGAAGAUCACGUCUGAACACUCCAACCACCUGGACAACAAACACAAGAACAGAUACAUCAACAUCGUAGCCUACGACCACAGUCGGGUGAAGCUGAGGCCGACGGCGGGAAAGGACGCCAAGCACACAGACUACAUCAACGCCAACUACGUGGACGGUUAUAAUAAACCUAAAGCCUACAUCGCGGCCCAGGGUCCUCUGAAGUCCACCUUCGAUGACUUUUGGCGAAUGGUUUGGGAACAAAACACCGGCAUCAUAGUGAUGAUCACCAACUUAGUGGAAAAAGGCAGAAGAAAAUGUGACCAGUAUUGGCCGACCGAGAACAGUGAAGAAUACGGGAACAUCGUGGUGACUCUGAAGAGCACCAAAGUCCACGCCUGCUACACCGUACGCCGCUUCACGCUACGCAACACGAAAGUCAAGAAGGGCGCCAAAUCCAACUCUAAGUCCAGGGCUCAGGGCGAGAGGACAGUGCUGCAGUAUCACUACACCCAGUGGCCGGACAUGGGCGUCCCCGAGUACACCCUCCCCGUUCUCACCUUCGUCCACCGAUCUUCGGACGCCCAGACACCGGACAUGGGGCCCGUGGUCGUCCACUGCAGCGCCGGCGUCGGUCGGACGGGGACAUACAUCGUCGUCGACUCAAUGCUGAAGCAGAUCAGAGACAAGAGCACAGUCAACGUCCUGGGUUUCCUCAAACACAUCCGGACCCAGCGGAACUACCUGGUCCAGACCGAGGAGCAGUAUAUCUUCAUCCACGAUGCCUUGAUGGAAGCCAUUUUGGGGAAGGAGACGGAAGUGGUGGCCAAUCAGCUUCACAGCUACUUCAGCAUCAUCUCCAGCCCUGGACAGAGUGGACGGACACAACUGGACAAACAGUUCAAAUUGGUAACACAGUGUAACUCCAGAUUCCUGGACUGCUUCAGCGCUCAGAAGGAAUGCAACAAGGAGAAAAAUCGAAACUCGUCUGUGGUGCCGUCGGAGCGAGCGAGGGUCGGCCUUGCACCUUUACCUGGAGCCAAAGGCACCGACUACAUCAACGCCUCCUACAUCAUGGGUUACUACCGCAGUAAUGAGUUCAUAAUUACCCAGCAUCCUCUGCCCCACACCACGAAGGACUUCUGGAGGAUGAUCUGGGACCACAACGCACAGAUCAUCGUCAUGCUGCCGGCCAAUCAUGGACUGGCGGAGGAUGAGUUUGUGUACUGGCCAAGUCGAGAAGAGGCCAUGAACUGUGAGGCGUUCACUGUCACCCUGAUCAGUAAAGACCGGCUCUGUCUGUCCAACGAUGAGCAGAUCAACAUCCACGACUUCAUCCUGGAGGCCACACAGGAUGACUACGUAUUAGAAGUUCGUCAUUUUCAGUGCCCGAAGUGGCCGAACACCGACGCCCCCGUCAGCAGCACCUUCGAACUCAUCAACGUCAUCAAGGAGGAGGCGGCGACUCGUGACGGACCUACCAUCAUCCACGACGAGUUUGGGUCGGUGUCGGCCGGGAUGCUGUGCGCCCUCACCACCCUGUCCCAGCAGCUGGAGAGCGAGGACGCCGUCGACGUCUAUCAAGUGGCCAAGAUGAUCAACCUCAUGAGGCCAGGCGUCUUCACGGACAUAGACCAGUACCAGUUCCUCUACAAAGCCCUGCUCAGCCUCGUCAGUACCUCGGACAGCGGUGCCGGUCUUCUGUCCAGAGACAUUAACGGGACGAUGGUGUCCAUGUCCGACCAGACCGAGAGCAUGGAAUCUCUGGUGUGAGUCCUGGAUCCGGUAGUCCUGGUCUGAGCUGAAGGUGUUCUGGGGUCCAAACCCUGCAAGGUCCCGGAUCCCACAGAGGAGGCACUUAACUUUGUACCGAGUCAAGGAACUAUAGCAGACAAGACUUUUUGAGGCCUUUUUUGCCAGACUCUUGGUUAAAAUGAAUAACCUGAUUACUUUUUUACACUGAUAAAAAGUUUUUGAUAUUUAUUUUUUUCGCCAUUUUAUGUCUUAAUGUUCUCCUACUGAAGGGUUUGCACCUGCGUUUUUAAGUUUCACGACAGCGUCGGUAAGCAACGAGAAACACUUUUCUGUCUUUUCUUGUUUGCACUAAACGUCAGUGUUACUGCCUCUAACUAAACUGACUCACUCGGAUUUUCUCCACUCAAGUUCAGAUUUUUUUCACAUUCCACGGCUUUGGCCCUUAUUGUUCUGAAACCACCUGCUUCUGUGGAGAACGUUGUUCUGCUGCCACCUACUGGUUGAUUUAAGACAGUGGCAGGGGCGUGGCCCAGCUGUGCUCCGCCCCUUUAACAGAAUGCUCCGCCCUCAUCUAUUGGACUCAUACUCUUCAUAUAUCACAUGAACUGAUCUUGAACCUUUUGUCAAAGACAAGUAGUGCUUGUUUUUCUUCUUUUUUCUUCACCUCCUUCUUUGUGUUUUGACCAUGUUUGGUUGUCGAUAUUCCUCGUAUUAGCGAGUCACACCCAUGUUAGAAAACCUAAGGUGGUGUAACAACUGCUACUGUGAACUUAUUAUUAUUAUUUCUUUGUAUAAUUCAUAUUAUGCUUUUUAAUAUAUGGAAAUACUGUAUGUAUACAUAUAUAAAUAUAUCCUUAUCAUAAUAACUUUGUGAUUUUUGUACAUGUCCUUUGUGGCCUCCCACCUCAGGCCGGUUGAUUUGCGCCGCCUUCGACAGUUUACCGCUCUGGUCGCCGCCGUCUGGACGCCGACCCCCUCGGUCCUCGCCGUUUCUUCGAUGCUGCUACAUCAUCUGAACUCACACACAUUUCACUCAAACGCUGGUGGAAGAGAUUUUUACAUUUGAAACAUUUGACGAACUCCGACAGGUGAUGCAACAACAUGACAUCCCCAUCUUUUCCAUGUGUUAAAGGUUGUUUCAGUCAUGAAUUCACUCUGACGGUCGAGCACGGGUCCAGAACUCAAAGGCCGGAUCGGUCCGAGACCAGACACUGACGGACGCCAUAAAGACAGACUCAACUCUAUGCAACAAGUUGGUUUUAAUUUCAUCUAAAACAGGGUUCAACACAGACUUUGGUCGUGCCACUAGUCUUACACUGUGGGUUCAGAUCUUUUAUUAUCGUUUAUUUCAUUUGUUUGACCUUUAUUUGCUCUGAACACGAGAAAAGAUGAUGAAUUACUUUGUAUUUAAUCUUGUAAUUAGUUUGUCUUUAGUACAGGUUAUGGUAUGUCUACAUGGUGUAAAAUCAAGAAAUGAACUGAGGAAUAGUUUCUCUUUCUUUGUCUGAUGGAAAUGGAGGAAUGAAGACACAAGGUGAACUGUGUGACGGUGUAAUACCACAGAUGGCCACUAGAUGCUGGAGCCAAAAACUCCAAUUGACCACUUAAAUAAGUCGAUAUUUAUUUGUUUUUUAACAAAGGAGUCAUUCAGAUCUCAGUGUUUUUCUAAACUAGGUGAAGUUGGACUUAGUCUGUUAACAUUUAUCCAGUUGCUGACGGUAUUCAACUUUUGUUAGUUAGCAGUUUCGUUAGCCAUGUGGCUGAUCUUUUCAGUUAGAUCAAGAUACUGCGACUUAUUUCCAGAUUUUGGACGUAAAAUAUCCAAAACUCCUUAUUUAUUGGAAGGAUUUGGCUUCAAGUGGAAACGUGAGCUUCAGCUCUGGGCUUUAACUCCAUGGAUCUGGACGUGGACAUCACUGCCCCCUAUAGGCCAACCACAGAACAGCUGUAAACCGCUGUCACUGAUCUGCUUUUUAGCACAUUAGUGUUUGAUUUUAGGCCUAGUCCACACUAAUGCAGAUAUUCUGUGUAAAUAUUUCAUCUCUGUCUCUGACUCCAAACACUCAAACCAUUAUUUCUACCAGAGUUCUUACCACAGGUACUGUCAUGAUGUUGGAACUGAACAGAGAAUCAAGUUAUAAUUAGUAGACGAAACAAAAAUUCUAAAACCAGUGGCCUAUCCAUCUGUUGCUGUUGUUUCAGGUGCAUGAACAUCUGUUCCAUUUUUGUGAAUAAUAAGCUCAAAGUUUGAAGAAAGUGUUUUGCACAGUAGUUGCAUUAAUGUGGAUGUGGAAUUAAACAGGUUAAACCUCACAAACGCUCAGAAAAGCAGCUGGACUAUGUGUUACAUUUAGAUGAAGUAAAGCUGAACCUUGGACCGGAUGUAAAAUGUUAAUCUAUCUGAGUUCUGUGGACGUAAAUAUGAGUCUGCUUCAUUCAGCCUCUAGUUCUAGUUAAACAUCCUGAAGCUGUGAAUCUGAAUUUUUUAGUAAUAAAUCAUGAUAAUUUUCCUCUAUAUUCAUCAUUCUGCCACUUGAAGCAGGUUCUUCCACAAAUUUAUCGAAUAUGAGGAAGGAUUCCCAUUAAACCUCAGUGUCUUGGACCCAGUUUAGUACCAGCUCAAUCCAGAACCAGAUCAAUAUCAGUUAUUUUGUCCAACUCCAGUGAUCCAGUGAUAUUCAGAUUUAGUUUAAAAUUUCAGUGUAAUUCUGAUAAAUUACUGUGGUUUUCAUCAUCAAACUCGUCCAGCAUGUUGUUAAAGCCCAGAUCGCUGAAACAUGAAUCCAGGCCCAGGACGGACCCCUGAGGAGCUCCAGACUCAUUGGUUUGUGGAUUUUCCUUCGUCGUGUUCAGUUCAUGCUGUGUCAGAUUUUUCCGAUGGCAGUGUCUGGUCUGACCCGGUCAGGGCCUGUUCCAGACCCGUGCUGGGCUCGGUCCGACCCCCCAAGGCCUUGUGUACAUAGAUCCAGUCAACUCACCUUUUCCACAUAUGUAUCUGGUGGUUUUCGUGGCCUAAAUGCGAAGAGCAGCGUCCGAACCGUUCUGCCCGUCGCAUACACACACAUACACGUUUAUUUGACAUGAGGAUGUUCUGAUUUUACUGGUUUUGAUGAUGUUCUGUACCUCUGUGAUCGAUAGCGUGAAAUGAACAAUUGUGGUUUUGCCUUUUGAAUGAAAAUGUGAAAACUUUUUUAUUUCACACAGCACAAAACAGAUGAUGUGUCAAAUGAUACACAGCAAGGAAACUAAUGUAUUUUCAUUUAUUUUCUCUUUUUUUUUUUUUUUUUUUUUUUUUGAGACAACUUUAACCAAAGACUUGAAUCCUUCCCGUGCAGAAAAAAAUGUUGGGCAAAACUUUCUCUUGUCAGUUUGUCGUUAACCCUUCCCCUCCCGAUGCGAUAUCUGUGUUUGUAAUAAUGGAAAGAUGCUUCAAAGCUCCACGUCAGGAUCAGUUUGCUCCAGUUGAAACAUAAACCUCCUUAUUUAUUGUCAUCUACCAUCAUUUGGGAUGAAGGAAUGCAUUAAAAUGGGAAGAUAAGCAUUAAAGGGGACGUGAUGUUUAAUGUCAUAUUUGUAGUGUUUAAUGUUAUAUUAAAUGGGAUUAAAACCAGAUGCUGAAUCAGGUGAUCAUAGAUACUAGAGUACUUCAGUUUUUAACUUCGGUUUCAGCCUCUUAACAUCCGUGUUUUCACUGAAUCUUGAUCCAAAAUGAACUAGAACAUCUUAAAAACGUGGUUGUAAAGUGACCCUGAACGUGUCGCUGCUGAUUUGGUGGAUAUUAACCGACGUCCUAAACCUGUGAACACGUCAAACACACGUCAUAAUCAGGUGAUGAAGAAAGUGAUGCAGACUCCAGAAUCCACAGAUGGAUCUGGAAAAAAUAAAGGAUGGUGCGUUCAGGUGCACUUUGCUGCCAAUCAGAAUCAUCAGAAUCAGAAGUGGGUGUUUCUUUUCCACUGAAGAUUCUUUAUUGUGUUUCACAGAAAAUCUAACCUUAAAUCUACUUCAAGAUCAGUAAUAAACCAUGUAAUGUUCUAGUAGAAUCCCAGAGUGAAAUAUGGACAUGAAAACACGUCACCUUUAAAGAUGUGACACGGUCUUUCUCUCUCCUCGUUAUAAACAGGGUUGACAGGAGCUAAACACAACCAUUAGCAUCAGUUAGCACCAGAGUUGAACAUCUUCUGCAACAUUAAUACAAACUUUCCUCUUUUUAUUAAAAUUCACGUUUUGCAGUCGAGCAUAUCAGGAAUGAUUUCACAUCCUCAUGAUGAUUUUCAGAGCUAUGAUUGCUGAGCUAGCUGUUAACAUGCUAACUAGCUAAUAGCAUGAGUGAAGGCAGUAAAAGUUCAUUUUUAUUGCAACUAUGCCUUGUCUUUGUGUCUCACACUUUAAAGGUACAAUAUGCAACGUGCUGUUGCUUGUGUGAUGUUUGUGUUUUUUUAGCAGCAGGUUGUUUGUUGACAUUAGUGCGACACAUUCACAGGCUAACGGUAGCUAGCGGUGUGCACUGUUUCUGCUGUAGAGGAGCAUCUGGUGCCACCUUUUGGAUUUUCAUUAAACACACUCUGCGAAGGAAGUAAAACUGAAUUGUUUUAAAGGUACCAUAUGUAACAUUUGCAGGUGCAUGUGUGUUUACUUGACGUUAACGUUGGAGUCGUCAUUUAUUUCCCUUUUGUGAAAAGAGCAAAUAGACACAAUGGGACGAUAAAAAACUAAGUGAAAACAUCCUGACAGUCUUUAGUGAACACUGACUGAUGUCAUAACAACAGCUAAUAAUGUGAUAAUUUUGGCCAUUUUUAAUGUAAUUUUAAAAAAUUAAGUAAUAUUUUACAUUGAUGUCUAAGCAUUUAAAAAAUCCUUCGAAAAUGUUAUAACUGCAGCCAAUAAAUUGGUCAAAUUGAGUUACAUUCACUCAUCAGACAACCAAAUAAACAUCACAUUAUUGAAUUAAAUAUUCCUCCAUACGAGAAAUUGUGAAUUUACAUCUAAGAAAAUAAACAAUGUUCUAAAUAAAGAUUGUUUCCAAAAAAUAAUUCUUUAAUUGACUCUUCCAACCAUAACUAAAAACAGUGAGAGAAACAUGGGAUGUAUUAAUAAUGAAUAUGACGACUAUUUCAUCCACAAGACCUAUUUAUGAUGAACAAACUGCACAAAAACUGCAAAAAAUAUAUUUUAUUUCUAAGAAAUUCACUCCUGUUUAUGUGGUAGUACAGUAUCCGCUGCAGUUAUUACAUUUUCAAAGGAUUUUUUUUUUUUUUAAAUAUUUGGCCAAUAACGUAAAAAUCAGCCAUAUCAUUGGAUCAAACAGUUCAUUAUAUUGUUGCCAAAUUAUUACGUUAUUGGCUAUUAUUGCAUUAUUUGCUGCAACAUGUGUCGACUGAUCAUUAUGUUAUUUUAGACAGAAAACAGCAAUAGAAGCUUCGACUUCUUCUACUGUUUAUUUCAUCCAUAGACAUGUCCUGUAGCGCCCCCCUCUGGCCAUAGCCCAGUUUAUUUGAUCCAAACCUUAAUGAAAACUCUUGUGAUUUGUAUUUUUUUUUGUUGCGAUUUUCCAAUCGUUUGGUUAAAUUCACUUCAGUUAAAGGGAGACGGGGGGUGUCAUGUUUUAACAAACAUUAUUAUAAAACAUGUAAUUAGUACAUGUUACAUAAUGUACCUUUAAACCUUUAAACGCUGCCAGUUUAUUCUGUUCCAUCUGUUCGGUGGUAAUUCUUUGUGGAUGUGAGACUUCACUCAAAAACUCCGGUUUCAAAUUGCAGCUUUUUCAGAUAUGAGCUCUGUCCAUAUUCCACCCCCCUUUGGCCCCUGUUAGCUCCCUUUGGCCCCUGUUAGCUCCCACUGGCCCCUGUUAGCUCCCACUGGCCCCUGUUAGCUCCCACUGGCCCCUGUUAGCUCCCGUCUGGCCCCCAUUGUCUCUCAUCAGCCCCUGUCAGCUCCCAUCAGCCCCCACUGGCCUCCGUUGACCCCCGUUCCUGGUCCAUUUCCUGUGAUUUUGCAGCGAAGGCAGGGGUUCAGGGGAAUGGUUGUGGUUUUUCCUGUUCUCGAUGCUGCCGUCUUGUUGUUUUUGUUCAGUGUUGCCUUUGAAGCACACGCCGCCGUUCUGUCCAGAACAUGUACAUAUGUUUAGUUGCCUGUGAUCCGGUUCUUCUCUGGAUAAUCUGUAUGUAUUGACUGUGUCAGAGGAAGCAUCAUCUCUCUGCUUCAUCCUUGGUCGGUUUCUUCACUCUGAACUUUUCUUUCUCGGAGCCUUUUUGCGCCGAACGCCAACGCUUCGCCAUGUUCGUGUUGGAUCCUGUGGAAGUGUCGUUGAUUCUCCAUCACCUCCUUCCAGCUUUACGUAUUAACAGUCAGGCAGUGACUGUGAUGUUCCGGUCCGACCCGUCCUUCUGGAGGGUUCUGACCCUUCAGAUCUCACCGUCGGUUCUGUUGGACUCUUCGCCAGAACCACAUCAUUUCUCCAUUGACCCGUUUUUGGAACGGUGGCUUUUCCUUCCUCUUUUGUAACAUGAAACAGGACAAAAAGAUGGAGUUCUUUUCUGUUUUGUUUUGUUCAAAGCUAUAUCAAAGCAUUCUAUGAUAGUGUUAUUUAAUAUGUAAAUGGUAUUGCUAUACAUAAAAUAAAAUAUGGGUUUUGAUGUAA